CAAACAGGACGCGACUAACACCACACUCCAACUUCCAACACACACGCCCCCCCUCCCCUAACCAACCCUAACUAACUACCCAACUAACCAACCCUCCUACCUAACCAACAGAGCUCCAGGUCUCUCAACCGCGGGAGGAACAGCCGCAACCAACACGAUCCGGCCCCUUGCUCUGUAGCCCUCUCGGGUGUUAUUUCGACUUUUGUCUCGUGGGUUCUACUAGGCAUCUGUGCUCAAACUGUCAUGGACGGCAGACAUCCUCGCUCGCUCAUAACGGAUGCCACUCGCUCGGGCCUGUAUCACCCGGUAUAUAAGGACCGACAGCUUCUGCCCUCAUGCCGACAAUCACCACUCACCCUCACAAGAGCACAGAGCAUCCUAUCCAACGCUGACUCCAAGACAUCACCGGCUCCUACCAGUAGAUCAAGAGUUCUCUCUUGUCUAUAUUACCACGACUACCCCAAUCACUACCGCCCUGUCCCAUUCUUUACUCUCCCGCAUCGGCCUCUUCGACAAGGACACAGCACCCUGCCACAAGCUUCUUCCUUCCUCGUCAGACACCAGGACCUCCCGUCGGGACGUGUGCAACCCAGCCACGCUUACACAAACUCUUCGGAUACCGGCUUGUGUCGAGCUGUCAGCGCUGCAACAACUCUCCGGUCGUUCAACGGUACUUAAGCUCGGCUCGACUACUCUCGGCCACGGAUUCCCACUCGUUAUCCAAGGAAUAACAGCCAUCGGCCACCAUGUGCUAUUGGAAGACGACCCAGCUCUGGUCUCACUGCGGCUGCACCGCGCAGUCUAUGGAGCCAAAGCCCGGCACCCACUGCAGAUGCCAGGCCAUCGUCAUUGACCAAGGUGUUCAGAGGUGGGAGGGCUUCUGCAUGCGUCCUCAGUGUCCCAACCCUCCUCGAGCGACUUAGUAGCGACCCGAAGAAACCACGAGCUAGA